AUGGCCGGGGCUUCUGUAAAGGUGGCCGUGAGGGUCCGACCCUUCAACUCCAGAGAGAUCGGGAAGGACAGCAAAUGCAUCAUCCAGAUGUCGGGAAACACCACAACAAUCCUGAACCCAAAACAGCCGAAAGAAAACAAAAGCUUCAACUUUGACUUUUCUUACUGGUCACACACCACGCCGGAAGACAUCAACUAUGCAUCUCAGAUGCAAGUGUACAAGGACAUCGGAGAGGAGAUGCUGCUCCAUGCUUUUGAAGGCUACAAUGUGUGCAUAUUUGCAUACGGCCAGACCGGAGCGGGCAAAAGCUACACCAUGAUGGGCCGACAGGAACAAGACCAGGAGGGGAUCAUACCUCUGAUGUGCGAGGACCUUUUCACCAAGAUUAACGACUGCAAUAAUGACAACAACAUGUCUUAUUCUGUGGAGGUGAGUUACAUGGAAAUCUACUGUGAGCGCGUUCGGGACCUGCUGAACCCCAAAAACAAGGGAAACCUGCGGGUCAGAGAGCACCCCCUGUUGGGUCCCUAUGUUGAGGAUUUGUCCAAACUGGCUGUCACUUCCUACAAUGACAUCCAGGACUUGAUGGAUUCUGGAAACAAAGCCAGGACCGUGGCUGCCACAAACAUGAACGAGACCAGCAGCCGCUCCCACGCUGUCUUUAACAUCAUCUUCACACAGAAGAAACAUGACAUGGAUUCAGAAAACACAUCAGAAAAGGUCAGCAAAAUAAGUCUGGUUGACCUGGCUGGCAGUGAAAGAGCUGACUCAACCGGAGCCAAAGGAACCAGACUGAAGGAAGGAGCAAAUAUCAACAAAUCUCUGACCACACUGGGGAAAGUUAUUUCUGCUUUAGCUGAACUGGACUCGGCACCAAACAAGAACAAGAAAAAGAAGAAAGUGGAGAGUUUCAUACCCUACAGAGAUUCAGUUCUGACAUGGCUACUGAGGGAGAACUUAGGAGGAAACUCUCGCACUGCUAUGGUGGCCGCUCUCAGCCCUGCAGAUAUUAACUACGAUGAAACCCUCAGCACUCUCCGGUAUGCAGAUCGGGCUAAACAGAUCCGCUGCAAUGCUGUGAUCAAUGAGGAUCCCAAUAACCGGCUGGUGCGUGAGCUGAAAGAGGAAGUGGCUCGUCUCAAAGACCUGCUAUAUGCACAGGGCCUGGGAGACAUCAUAGAGAACCUGUGCGAUCACAAGAACCUUGUGAAUAAUCGCCUGGCUGCCAAUCAAAGAGGUGAUCUCUCCGCAGUGACCAACGCUAUGACAGGAAUGAGCCCCUCCCCUUCGCUCUCCGCCCUGUCCAGCCGCGCUGGUUCCAUCACUAAUCUCCACGAUCGCAUCUUCAGCCCGGCCAGCGAGGAGGCCAUCGAAAGGCUCAAGGAAACUGAGAAAAUCAUUGCUGAGCUCAAUGAGACGUGGGAGGAGAAGCUGCGUCGUACCGAGGCCAUCCGUAUGGAGAGGGAGGCUCUGCUGGCUGAGAUGGGUGUUGCCAUGAGAGAAGAUGGAGGUACGGUAGGUGUCUUCUCCCCUAAGAAGACUCCUCAUCUGGUGAACCUCAACGAAGACCCGCUGAUGUCUGAGUGCCUGCUGUAUUACAUCAAAGAUGGCAUCACCAAAGUUGGCCGUGAAAAUGCCAAGACUCGCCAAGACAUUGUUCUCAGUGGCCAUUUCAUUAAAGAUGAACACUGCACCUUCAGCAGUACCACCGGCCCUCAGGGAGAAGGAUGUGUCAUCCUUGAACCAUGUGAGGGAUCGGAGACUUAUGUCAACGGGAAGAGAGUUACCACACCCAUCGUUCUGCGAUCUGGGAACCGUAUCAUCAUGGGGAAGAGCCACGUGUUUCGCUUCAAUGACCCAGAGCAGGCUCGUCUGGAGAGAGAGAGGACUCCAUGCGCUGAGACUCCCGUGGAGCCUGUUGACUGGGCCUUUGCUCAGAGGGAGCUGCUGGAGAAGCAAGGAAUCGAUAUGAAGCAAGAAAUGGAGCAGAGGCUUCAGGAGCUUGAGGACCAGUACCGCAAAGAAAGAGAAGAAGCCAGCAACCUGCUGGAGCAGCAGAGGCUGGACUACGAGAGUAAACUGGAGGCCCUACAAAGACAGGUGGACUCCCGAUAUCUGGAGUCACCUGAGGAAGAGGAGGAGCCAGAGGAGGAAGUGCCGUGGACAACACGUGAGACUGAGCUGGCGCUGUGGGCCUUCAGAAAGUGGCGUUUCUACCAGUUCACCUCCCUCAGAGAUCUGCUAUGGGGCAACGCCAUCUUUCUUAAAGAGGCCAAUGCUAUUAGUGUGGAACUGAAGAAGAAGGUACAGUUCCAGUUUGUCCUGUUGACGGACACUCUCUACUCUCCACUGCCUCCUGACCUGCUGCCCCCUAGUGCGGCUAAAGAGCGAGAGAGGCGGCCUUUCCCUCGAACGAUCGUUGCUGUCGAAGUGCAAGAUCAAAAGAAUGGAGCAACACAUUACUGGACACUGGAAAAACUCAGGCAGAGACUGGACCUGAUGAGAGAAAUGUAUGAUCGUGCCGCAGAGCUUCCCAGCAGUGCUGUAGAGGAAUGCGACCACGCCCUGACGGGGGGCGACCCCUUCUAUGACCGCUUUCCCUGGUUCCGCCUGGUUGGCAGGGCUUUUGUGUACCUGAGCAACCUGCUGUACCCGGUGCCCCUGGUGCACCGCGUGGCCAUCGUCAGCGAGAAGGGCGAGGUGAAAGGCUUCCUCAGAGUGGCCGUUCAGGCCAUCUCAGCUGAUGAGGAGGCUCCUGAUUAUGGCUCUGGGGUGAGGCAGUCAGGCACCGCCAAGAUCUCCUUUGAAGACAAGCAGUUUGAAAAGUUCCAGACCGAGACGUGUCCUGGUGGCCUUUCACACUCCAACACCUCUCAGGAGGAGCUGAGAAUUGUGGAAGGAGAGGGACAGAAUGCAGAGAUAGGAAUCUCUGCAGACGAAGUCAACAACAACACCUGUGUAGGUGAGGAGAGCUGUGUGCAGAGAACUCUAUCCACGCAGGAGGCGCCCCACAGCCCUUUGAAGAGUUUGGGUCUGGGUCUAGAUCUUCCUCUGGAGUUGUCUCCUGAAAAAGCUCUUUCUCAUCUGAAGAUUGGCAGCACCUUCACUUUCCGAGUCACCGUCCUACAGGCCUCCAGUAUCUCAGCAGAAUAUGCAGACAUUUUUUGCCAGUUCAACUUCAUUCACCGUCAUGAUGAAGCUUUCUCCACUGAGCCGCUGAAGAACACGGGCAGAGGACCUCCACUGGGCUUCUACCAUGUGCAAAAUAUUACAGUGGAGGUGACCAAAUCCUUCACGGAGUACAUCAAAACUCAGCCCAUCGUCUUCGAGGUGUUCGGACACUAUCAGAAACAGCCGUUCCCUCCACUUUGCAAAGACUUGAUCAGGCAAGAAAAAAAUUUGAUCUUUUAUUUCCAUUACAAUCCUCUCAGACCUUCCAGGAGACAGUUCCCACGCGUGAUGCCACUAUCCAAACCAGUUCCAGCCACCAAGCUCAGCACGCUGACGCGCUCCACUGCAGGACCGUGUCAUGCCAAAUACGACCUCAUGGCCUUCUUUGAGAUCUGUGAGCUGGAAGCGAACGGAGACUACAUACCAGCUGUUGUCGACCACAGAGGUGGGAUGCCAUGCCAGGGGACAUACCUCUUACAUCAGGGAAUUCAGAGAAGGAUCACGGUUACGAUUGCUCACGAAACAGGAAGUGAUAUUGAAUGGAAAGAAGUCAAAGAGCUGGUUAUCGGUCGUAUUAGAAAUACUGCCGAGGCUGAUGAGACUAUCAUUGACCCCAACAUCCUUUCCCUCAACAUCCUGUCCUCUGGAUACUUCUGGCCAAAACACGAUGACAACGUGUCGUUGGGAGUUGAUCAUAGAACAUUCUACCGGUUUGAGGCGGCAUGGGACAGCUCCAUGCACAACUCUCUGCUUCUGAACCGAGUCACUCCAUACGGAGAAAAGAUCUAUAUCACCCUCUCUGCUUAUCUAGAGAUGGAGAACUGUACUCAGCCAACAGUUAUCACCAAAGACUUCUGCAUGGUGUUUUACUCCCGUGACACGAAGCUUCCAGCAUCCCGCUCAAUCAGAAACCUCUUCAGCACCGGCUGCCUGCGGCCGUCAGAGAGUAACCGUGUCACAGGAGUUUAUGAACUCACUCUCUGCCAUGUUGCUGACAAUGGGAGUCCAGGCAUGCAGCGCCGGCGCCGGCGCGUGCUGGACACCUCUGUGGCGUACGUGAGAGGGGAGGAAAACCUGGCCGGGUGGAGGCCUCGCAGUGACAGCCUCAUCCUGGACCACCAGUGGGAACUGGAGAAACUCAGCUUGUUGCAGGAGGUGGAGAAGACCAGGCACUACCUGCUGCUGAGGGAGAAGCUGGAGGCCACUCUGCAGGCCGGACAGGAGGUCCUUUACAAGAGCAGCGACAUCAGUGACUUUGCAAAGAGCCCCGUCCUCAGCCACAGUCCCGGCAGCAGCCCCGCCCCCGAGAGCCCCAACCAGAGGCAGAGGGAGCUGGCUGCCAAGUGUCUCCGCCUGCUGAUGCACACCUUCAACAGAGAGUACAGCCAGGUGAGCAGCAGUGCCAGUGAGAGCAAGCUGUCUGAGAUAUCAGCAUCGCUCAUGAGAGAAUCUUCCUCUUCUGGACUGAGCACGCUCACUCCCUCGUCUACCUGCCCCUCACUGGUUGAUGGACAUUAUGACAUGAGACUCACUGAUCCUAGUUCAGGAGCCUCCACACCAGACCUGGACCCGUUCAGCCCUGUGGACAGAAAGAAAACUCUCAGAGGGUACACCUUUGUUCCAGACAUACAGGAGAUUCGUGUCAGUCCCAUCGUCUCAAAGAAGGGCUACCUGCACUUCCUGGAGCCGCACACCAGCGGCUGGGUGAGGCGCUACGUGGUGGUGCGCCGGCCCUAUGUUUACCUGUACCGCAGUGAAAGGGACACGGUGGAGAGAGCUGUAAUCAACCUGUCCUCUGCUAAGGUGGAAUACAGUGAAGACAAACAGACAUUACUGCGGACUCCAAACACAUUUGCUGUGUGCACUGAGCAUCGUGGGAUACUGCUGCAAGCAACCAACGACAAAGAAAUGCACGACUGGCUUUAUGCUUUUAACCCUCUGCUAGCUGGCACCAUCAGGUGGGGGACACACUUUGUCAAAGCUUUCCAGGAGAAAAUCGAUCCAGUCGCUACCAUCUGCUCAGAGGAUGUGAGAAGCGAGGCGUUCUGGUGA